UCGUCUUGAGGCUGUCCCAUCCUUGCUUCAGCCAUCUCAUACUUAUCGUUCUUGGCUUAUUGCCAUAACUCCGAGGCUAUUGACUGAACGCGAAUAUGCCAAUUAUAGGCAGUACAGUUGACGGUGCACAAUCUACAGUUGGGACAUGUAUCGUUAGAGUCCCUACCGCACAAAGUGUGGUCUCACCAACCCCGGGAGCCGCCGAAAUCGUGAAAAGGGAGUUGGCCUGGUCGCACAGCGAAGUUUAUGUAACCUCUUACGGAACAUCAACAGCUCUCAAAAAUUUGAACGUGCCAGACUUAACGACGAUACACACCCCGGACCCAUCGUGUAUCGAUAGAUGGGUGUUCCUUCCGACAUCCAACUGCGGCGAUGACAACGGUACCGAUGACGUCGUCUGGUCUGUACGCCCUGGUCGCUUGGUCGUCCCCGAUCCAUCGUACACCGGUUGUCAACUAUAUGGUACACCCACAUACAGUCCCGGAAUCUGUCCCAGUGGGCAGACCAUUGCCGAAGUAACUGCGUUUGAGAGCAGUGCUUCGAACGGAAAUAGGACUUUCUGGCAAGCGAGUUGUUGUAGAAGCGGUAUGAGCUUUGGCUCUGAAUCCGCCGAACUAUGCCUGUCUAGUUUCUCGACACCGUUCCGUGCAUACGCUGCAAUUACAACCGCACCUGCUUAUGAUGGAGAAGAAGUCACAGCAGUUUACGAUUAUACCACCACGUAUGAUUCAAGUGGAAGCGUUCGUGAGACAUCCGUGAUAUCAGAUAUCACGACGCUUGCCACAGGUCUCGCUGUAGCCGAUCCCGUCGUAGUGGCCUGGCAGAUCGAUGAUGUUGGCACGUUUCCGAGCGAGUACGUCAAAUCUCUAGUCGCGAGAUACGGCGUACCCGCACCAGCCGGCACAUCUACACCAUCGAUCAACGCAUUGAAGCCAACGAACGGGCCUGCACCAUCUUCCUCCUCCAGUGGUAUCACUACUGGUACAAAGAUAGGAAUUGGUGUAGGUGUGGCGCUUGCAGCCGCUCUGAUUGGGGGCUUGUUGAUAUUCUGGUGUCUACGGCGACAUCGGAAAACUGCUGCGCACGAGGAGCCGGAUGUUGUCAUACCGGAAAUGGAAGAUCAAGACUACACGCACAGCCAGCGCAAAUGGUACGCCGGCGGACGAUGGAGGAGCGAAGUUGAUGCUCAAGCGACCCAAAACGAGCUUGACUCGAAACCAGUGAAUGAGUUACAUGAACCACCGGCUGAACUGGAGGCACACGAGCCUUUCGUCGAAGACGCCAAUGGUGCACUAGAAGGACAGAGAAACAGCCUAGAGGGCGUACGUAAUGAUGAUGGUCCUCACGAGCGAGCGUGAACUCCACCACAUCUGAGAGGAAAGGGCUGUUGGACGACGGCAACGCGGUUUGAUGAAGAAUACGCACGGUCUUUUUUGUCGUAUUGGUGGAACACUUGUCGCA